AUGACGACGCCGACGUGCGCGGGAGGCGCCGAUGGCGGCGCGCGCGGCGACGCGAGUAAGCGCGGUGCCGGUGCGACUCGGAGACCGUUCGGCGCGCACGUGGGGGGGUAUUCAGACGCGUCGAGCUCGGACGGCGAGCCGACGCCGAGCGCGACGCGACCGCCGCGAGCGCACGCGCGCGCGGAAACGUCGAGACGCGACGGUGGGGCGUCGCGCGGCGCGACGACGUCGAGCGCAAAGCUUCGGGCGUUGUCCAAGGAGGCGGCUUGCUUUCGAGAGGAGUUGACGAAGGAGAAGCGUCGACGCGAGAGGGCGGAGGGAAAACUUGAGGAGCUCUCGGGAGAGUGCGUCAAGUUAAAGCGCGAGCACGCGGCGUUGAGAUAUUCGCACGAUAAGUUAAAGGAGACGAAAGACGGGGAUGAUGACGAGCGUAAGCGACAGAUUCGGGCUCUGAAGAAGAAGUUGACGAAGACUUUGGAGCGAGAAUCAAAGCAAAGGCGCCGGUCAGUAUCGACGCUCAAGAUGGCGUUGGAUGCGCUGCGUUCGUUCGCGCCGACGGCGCCGAGCGGGCGCGCUCUGGGCGGUUCAGCCGUCAGCGCGGUCAUCGCCGAGUUGAGCGCACUGACCGAGGCGAUCGCGCUGAGAGAUAGCUUGGCGAUGGAGGAGGACGACAACGCGCCGGCGACGCGCGAAACCAUCGCGUCGUCUUGGAGCGUCGCAGAAAUAGAGCGAGCAAAGGCGCAAGUGGAGAUUUUAGAGCGCGAGCUCGGCGACGCGCACGAAAUCAUCCGCACCUCCGAGAAGGAGAGGGUCAUCUUAGAGCGAGAGUUGGCUUCGGCGCGAAGAGAAAUUCACGCGCAGGCCGCGCGUCACGACGACGACAUCCGCGUGGCGACGGAAGCCACGUCACGCGCGAUAGAGAUGGUGCGCGAACAGCGCGAAGACGUCGAACAGCGCGACUCGAGGGCCGACGCACCGUCACCGCGCGUGUCUUCUCCUCCCUCGCCGCUCGCGCGCGACCUUCGCGCGGACAUGGACGUCCUCGAGCGCGAACUGGCGCAGCUGCACCAUCACAUGGCCGAAGCCUUGGCGGAGGUGGAGGACAUCGCCUGA